GGACAGCAGUGACCCCCAUGAGCUCCAACCGCAGUGCUGCCGGAGUCACCGUCUUCGAGGGCCGGAUCUACGUGUCGGGAGGGCACGACGGGCUGCAGAUCUUCAACAGUGUGGAGUACUACAACCCGCACACCUCGUCCUGGCACGCCGUGUCCAACAUGCUCAACAAGCGGUGCCGCCACGGCGCGGCCGCGCUCGGCAGCCGCAUGUUCGUGUGCGGCGGCUACGACGGCUCGGCCUUCCUGAGCGCGGCCGAGGUCUACAGCUCCGGGGCCGACCAGUGGUACCUGCUGGUGCCCAUGAACAGCCGGCGCAGCCGCGUGUCCCUCGUGCCCAACUGCGGCCGCCUCUACGCCGUGGGCGGCUACGACGGACAGUCCAACCUCAGCUCCGUGGAGAUGUACGACCCCGAGAGCAACCGCUGGACGUUCAUGGCGCCCAUGGUGUGCCACGAGGGCGGGGUGGGCGUGGGCUGCGUCCCCCUCCUCACCAUCUGAGCCUCCGGA